GAGCGAUUGAAACAGAAUGUCUAUUUCAACUCAAUGUGUUCCGGAGACCUACAGCUUCCACUGUUGUAAGAAACUAGACAAAGUGACCUCUCAGUGCUGUGGGACACCAUGGAACUGACGGAGAGGUUUACCUUCAAUCCAAAGGAGGGAAUCGACAAUCCAGUCAUGGUGAUUGCAGAUGAUACAGAACAUGUAUCAAAUCCCUCACUCCGGGUGUGUGUGCUGAAGAGGGAAGAGGGAGAAACAUUUGGCUUCCAUCUGCGUGUGGAAAGAGGGAGGCAGGGUCAUGUUAUCAGGCAGCUCGGUUCAUUGGGUGUGGCAGAGCGGAGUGGGCUCAAGGAUGGGGAUCGCCUGCUUGAAGUCAAUGAGAUGUUUGUAGACAACAUGGGACACAUGGAGGUGGCCCGUAGGAUUCAGGUGUGUGGUUCACAGGUUUGCUUCUUGGUGUUGGAUGGCCAGGCCUAUGAGAAAGUUGUGUCUGAGGGUCGUGACCUAAGAGAGCUGACUAAUGCUGACCGCGGGGAAGGCUGGAGGCCUCCCCGUCUCUGCCACAUUACAAGAGAUUCAUCUGGUCUGGGCCUCAGCAUACAGCCUGUGGAAGGUGAGAAAGGCAAAUUCACUGUAAGUAAAGUGAAUGGAGGAGCUGCAGAGAAGGCAGGUGUGCAGAAAGGUGACCGUCUGGUCUGGAUUAACGGUGCCAUGGCCUCUGAACUCACAUACUCUGCCAUCAGAAAAAUGGUGAAGAAGUGCAGCGAUCACAUGACAGUGCUAGUGAUUGACAGCGACAGUGAGAAGAGUUAUACCCGAAGGAAAAUGCCCAUUUUGCCAGCCAUGGCUGAUGCAGAGAGCAUGCCUUACCGGCCCCGCAGACUGCAUUUGGUGAUUUGGUCAGAGGUGUAUGGCUUCCUGCUCAAGCAGCAGAAGGCUGGAACAGGUCACACUGGCCACAUUAUAAGAGAGGUGGAUAUGGGCAGCCCUGCUGAACUGGGAGGUAUUAAAGAAGGAGAGGAGCUUCUUGAAGUGAAUGGAGAGCCCACAGAAUCGCUGGGUCAUAAUGAAGUUGUCAACAAAAUCAGACAGAGUGGACAGAAAGUCACCCUCACAACUAUGCCACCACAAGGCCAAGAGUUCUACACUAAGCUGGGCCUCUCUCCCUUGCUGUUCUGUGUGAAUGUUGCACCUGGUUGCCCUGUGGAGAAAAGGGAAAUCGAGAUGACACUGGAGCUUACAGUGCCCCCUGCUGAGCCCCAGGAGGACAAGCAGAGCAAUCCUAAUGUAAGGGGCUUGGUUGGCUUUGGCUUCCAUUUGGGCCGUGUCCAACAGAAACCUGGCACUUUUAUCAGCCAGGUAGCAGCAGGAGGCCCAGGACAGAGUUCUGGUCUACUACAGGGUGAUGUGGUGGUGGAGGUGAAUGGACAGAAUGUGGAGAAAGAGUCUGUGGAGGAUGUGAUCUCCCAUGUGCAGAGAGGAGGAAGCUCUCUUUCUUUACUAGUAGUCAAUCAGAGAGGAUAUGAGUGACUGAAGAAGAAUGGGAAGCCAAUCACAGUGAACCAAUUAGCAACAACUUCUGAGGUAGAGAACAAAAUCUCAAAGGCUGCUGAACCACCAACAGACUGAUGAACUAUUAGCCUUCCUGGAUUUGUCUUCAGUAGUGAUGGACACUAAAACAGUCUCUAAAAUGUCAAAGAGAUCAGCCAUGGGAAAAUGUCUCUUUUCAGACAAGAAACUCACAAUUGAACCUCACCUGAAACCAUUUAUUUUUCUUUGAGGCUGUGGUUAGGUAUCUGGAAGUAAACAUUUCCACAAAGUCUUAAUUUAUAUAAAGUAUUAUAUAGGCCAU